AUGGAACAGUAUCGGCAGUCCGCAACGCAAAUCAAGGAUGAGGAGGAAGAUGACGAGCUCGAAAACUGGAUACCGUUAAAGCAGGAGCAAGACCUCGACGAGCGCGUUCCCGCUGUCGUACCCAAAGCCGGAUCAUCUGGCGAGGGCACUCUUACUUCCUAUAGACGAGAGAAUAAACGCAAUCGAUUUCGAGAGAUCCACCGUUCCACCGGUAAACGAGGACGCAGACAAAGAGACCCCCAGCGACUGCCAAAGAGAGUGUACCUAGCAGAGAAAAAACGAAAAGUUGAGGCGAUGAGCUAUCAGCCGGGCAAAAAAGAGAUCCGGGAUUCUCAGAUCCAGCAAGAGCUCUCUGACACCCGCAAGAUGAUAGAAGAACUUAGAGCACGCUCACAAAUGGGUGAACCGAAUACACAAGCUUCGCCUCCCUGUCAAGAACCCGAGGCGAUCGUUGUCACGAAGCAAGCGAGUACCAUAGCAGCCAUAAGAGCAGACAUAGCGCGCCUGGAGCAAGAACUAAAGGAAGCAUGUCGGGCGGGCGAGAACGCUAUACGCGAUGCUCGCGCCGCCGGUAAUAACAACAGCGAUGUUGAGGCUCUGGAGAAACAACUUGCAGGGGAGCAAGGGAAGGAUAGGGCGAUGGUUAGGAGGAUGCAGAAAGCUCUUAAGAAAGAGCAGGACAAGAGUGGAGAAGCGCAUAGUGGCUCACAUCAGGUCAAUGAGCAGGAGGCUGGCAUGACGGGCUGGCCAGGAAGUCUUGAUCUACCGAUUAGACAGCUCAUCAGGGUUGAAGAAGAGGGAGGACAUGGAGUUUGA